AUGUUGCGCCCGACCUGGUUGUCCUUCGCUCGCCGGGAAGUGUCUAUUGAGGACUACCCGGGCACUCUGGUACCGUUGGAAGAGGCCCAUCUGUACAGCCACUCAGCUCGCACCGGACGGACCGAGUAUGAAACCUUGGCCGAGGAUGAUGUGGACGAGGACGAGGAGGCACUGGAUCAGCGUGGCAAAGACACGAUAGACGGCGACGGCGACGUCGAAGCAGAGUCUGUCGGGAUGUUGUUGAUGCGGGCGUGUGAGUAUAGCAUCGAGGGGCUGCGGCGUGAAGUCCGGAGUAGCCCGAAAGACAGCCCAGGCAGCCAGACGACAUGGACCGACUACGAACUGAAAUCCAAGCUCAUCAACAAGGCAAUCCAAGAUAUCGGCAUGGGUCGAUACAACUGGGAGCUGUUCUGUCUCUGCGGCUUCGGCUGGUUUGCCGACAACCUAUGGAUGCAAGGCAUCUCCCUCAUAUUGCCAUCGUUGUCGGCCGAGUUUGGCAUUGGCGAAAAGACGGUCCGCUACACGACCAGCGCGUUAUUUCUCGGACUCUGCUUUGGCAGCUUCUUCUGGGGCAUCGGGUCGGACGUUCUGGGGCGUCGGCUUGCGUUCAACUGCACGCUCCUCAUCACCAGCAUAUUCGGGACUGCUGCAGCAUAUGCGCCCAGCUGGGGAUCCGUCUGUGCUCUUGUCGCCGCCCUCGGCUUUGGUGUGGGUGGAAACCUGCCCGUCGACGGAGCUCUGUUCCUCGAGUUUCUACCUGACGCAUCCAGCUCGCUGCUGACGUUGCUGUCAGUCUGGUGGCCGAUGGGCCAACUCUGCUCAUCGCUGCUGGCCUGGAUGCAGAUUGCCGAUGUUAGCAGCGGCACGUCCAGUGGCUGGCGCCGAUUUGUGACCACGAUCGGCCUCUUGACGUUUGCCAUGUUCUUGAUCCGCUUUUUCGUCUUCCGUCUGUUCGAGUCGCCCAAGUUUCUGCUCUCGCAGGACCGUCAGGCCGAAGCAGUCGCGGUGAUUCACGGGCUUGCUCACCGCAACGGCACCAAGACGUGGCUGACGGGCGACAUUCUCGAUGCGGUCGCACACGGCGGAAACAACGGGACGAGUAUAGGGAGCGGCUGGAGAGAUGGACCCGGAUACCAAGCGGCUGGAUACGAGGCUGCUCCUGGUGUGCCGCUGAACAGACAAGCAACAGCAUCAUCGGCAACUGGUCGGCCGGCAACGACGAUGCUGGACCUGGUCCACAGCCGGCUCAAGUCUUUCUCGGGCGAGCGUCUGCGGCCACUGUUUCAGUCGCGACAGCUGGGCAUGGCGACAGUCAUCAUCUGGAUCGUGUGGGCCACCAUCGGCAUGGGAUAUCCGCUGUUCAACGCGUUCCUGCCGCAAUACCUGUCCCAUGGCGACUCGUCGGCAGAGGCACCGUCGGAUGCGGCCGCACAAACAUUGACUUCCAGCACGACGUACCGCAACUACGCCAUCACCAGCAUUGUCGGCGUUCCCGGCAGCCUGUUAGCCGCUUACACGGUCGACAGCCCGUCGCGAUUUCUGGGCCGCCGUGGCACGCUGGCCAUCUCGACGCUGGUGUCAGCGGUUUUUCUGUUUGUCUUUGUCACGUUUGGCCACUCGUCGCGGUCGCAGCUGGUCUUCUCCUGCAUCGAGGCCUUUUCGCAGAACAUCAUGUACGGCGUCCUGUACGCCUUCACGCCCGAGAUAUUCCCAGCACCUGUGCGUGGUGCCGGAACGGGCGUGGCCAGCUUUCUGAACCGCAUCACAGGCCUGGUGGCGCCUGUGCUGGCAGCAACAUUGCCGGGCGACGGGUCUACGGCGCCCAUUUACCUCUCGGCAGCCCUGAUCCUGUUGGCGUUUGUCGGCAUGGUGCUGAUUCCGAUUGAGACGCGUGGCCGACAGCGGUUGUAG